UAGUCAUUGUUGUUUUCCUGUCCACAUGGCUGCUCUAAAGCUUUUCUCAUCAGUUGUCUUCUUCAUUCAAUUGGCAAUUGUGGUCUUCCACUUAGACCCCACCAGCGCGCAGGGCCUGCGAGUGGGAUUCUACAAGAAUACAUGCCCAGCUGUGGAAGAUAUAGUGAGAAAGACGACUGCUCAUUACGUCUUACCUGUGCCUUCCCUUGCCGCUCCUUUGUUAAGAAUGCAUUUUCACGAUUGUUUCGUCAGGGGUUGCGAUGGUUCGGUGCUCUUGAAUUCUACAGCCAACAAUCAAGCUGAGAAAUCGGCAAUCCCAAACCAAAGCCUCAAUGGAUUUGGGAUCAUUGACGCGGUUAAAUCUGCAGUGGAGAAAGCGUGUCCUGGAGUUGUCUCUUGUGCAGACAUCCUCGCCUUGGUUGCUAGGGAUGCUGUCUCCCUGGUCAAGGGACCCUACUGGGAAGUUCCAACGGGGAGAAGAGAUGGAAGAGUGUCUUUGGCAUCAGAAGCAUUGACAAAUCUACCACCUCCUUUCGCAACCAUUAGCGACCUCCAGACAAGGUUCAUGGCAAAGGGUCUAAGUGUUAAAGACCUCGUCGUCCUUUCAGGUGCUCACACAAUUGGGCAGUCUCACUGCCCCUCCUUCACCAACCGGUUAUACAACUUCACGGGCAGGGCUGACAGUGACCCAUCCUUGGAUUCCAUCUACAUUCAGAGGUUGAAGAGCAAAUGUAAGGCAGGAGAUGUUGUGACAAGUGUAGAGAUGGAUCCAGGCAGCUACAAAACAUUCGACACAGGCUACUACAAGAAUGUGGCUAAAAGAAGGGGACUCUUCCAAUCCGAUGCGGCUCUGCUGAAUGAUGCUGACACCAAAGCUUACGUGAUUCAGCAGUCUACUAGCAGUAGUGGAUCCAGUUUCUUUAAAGAUUUUGGGGUAUCCAUGGUGAACAUGGGUAACAUUGGAGUCCUCACUGCCUCCGCUGGUGAAAUCAGGAAGCAGUGUGCCUUCGUUAACUAAGUAACUAGGCAACUAGGCAACUAGGCAAGGGCAAUGACAAUGCAUACAGAUCGUACGUCUACUCUAAAGUAAAUGUUGUUAUAGGAUCGGAAUUCAAGUUAUUCUUGUGUUUGAUUUUUCCCCCAAAGGCUGGCCUGAAGGUGGAAACCAUUAUACAACAACAAUCUAUAUAGUAUUGCGAAUAUAAAUGUAUAGGAUUCAAAA